AUGGCUGGUCCUUCCUCCCGAGCGAAGUGGGCCCAUAACCUGUUGAAACACAGCGUUGUUGGGAAGUACCUAGGGGAAUUCCAGGAGCUAAAGAUAGAUUUCGAGGCGGCGGGACAAACCGUCUCAGAGGGUGAGCUAGCCGUGCACGCCUUGGAGGGUUUGCCAGAGGAGUAUGCCACCGUUUUUGAGUUCUUCAAGGUCGGGGAGGAAGAGCUAACCCUAGAUGAGAUCCAGCCAAAGCUCAUGCACAGAGAGCAGAAACUAAAGUUCAGGGCUGAAGCGGGGUCCUUGAAGGGGACUUCGGGUAGGGAUGAGGCUGUGGCGUAUGCCGCCCAGCAUAGGGGCUACUCGAGCUUAGAGAAGGGCCGGGGAAGCUCAAACGAGCUGGGAAAAAGCUCGGAGGUGAGAGGCGGGAGCUCAAACCCGCCAACGUGCUAUUGUUGCGGCAAAGUGGGCCACAUGAGGGCAAAGUGCAGGUUGUGCGAUGCGGAGUGUCGCAAGUGCGGCAAGAGGGACCACACAGAGGCAGUGUGUAGGCAGAGCGCUCGCGCAAGUGGCCGCGCAGAGGAGAGAGAGUUUGCAGGGGAUGCAAACGGAGUAGCCUUUACGGCGUGGGGCGACGACGGGGAUGUGUGCAAAGGGGUGUGA